AGGGGGAGCAGUGGUGCUGCGGGUGCUCCUUGCUCACUUCUUUGCCUAGAAGAGGACAGGGUGAGGGGGUGACUCCCCGCCAGAGAAAGUGGAGAGCUGCAGGCCGAGCUCCUGAAGCAUGGACAGGCCCAGACUUGGUGCCUGGGCACCCGGAUGAAGCUUCAAGCACAGAGGUCGCUGGCUGCGCAGCCGCCUGCUGGGCCAGCAUGACCCCGCUGCCCAGUGCCUGGGCCAUGCUCAUCCGCCCUGGGAUGGAGCUGGUCAGACUGCCGGCCGGGUUCUGCCGGGCUCAGCGCUAGACCCAGCGCUCUCCAGAGUUGGCACCGUUGAGCCAGAGGGUUUCCUGUGAGCCGGGCCAGGAGCAGGGGGCGCAGCCAGGCCUAGGCCGUUCUGUAGGCAGCAGGUUGCUUCAGGCCAUUCCCGAUGCAGUUUUGCAGCCCUACAGAGGGAUGUCCCAGCCGCGCCUGCUCAGCCUCCUGCUGGCGCUGGUCUUCUACUGCCAGGGACAUUCAGCCCAGAUCACGGAUUUCCUCUUUGAGAGCUGGAAGGCCUACAGCGAGGAGUGUCACCAGAACAUGAGCCUGCAGCCCCCACCCACAGAGCUGGUCUGUAACCGAACCUUUGACAAGUUCUCCUGCUGGCCCGACACGCUGCCCAACACCACAGUCAACGUCUCCUGCCCCUGGUUCCUGCCCUGGCACAGGAAAGUGAAGCACAGAUACGUCUUCAAGAAGUGUGGGCCGGAUGGGGAGUGGGUGAAGCGCCCCAAUGGGAAGCCCUGGCGGGACAGCACAGAGUGUGAGAUGGACGCAGAAGACCUCGAAGCCCAGGAUAAAUUUGCCAAAACCUACGGCAGCUUUAAGAUCAUGUACACGGUGGGAUACUCAGUGUCCCUGGGCACCCUGCUCCUCGCCCUGGCCAUCCUGCUGGGCUUCAGCAAACUGCACUGCAUGCGGAAUUACAUCCACAUGAACCUCUUCGCCUCCUUCGUCCUGAAGGGGGUCUCGGUGCUGGUGAUCGACGCCCUGCUCAAGACCCGCUACAACGAGAAGAUUGACGACUACAACGUGGGCAUCUGGCUCAGCGAUGAGGCCGCUGCCGGCUGUCGAGCAGCCACCGUCUUCAUGCAGUACGGCAUCGUGGCCAACUACUGCUGGCUGCUGGUGGAGGGAAUCUACCUCCACAACCUGCUGGUGCUCGCUGUCUUCUCCGAGCGGAGCUACUUCACCCUCUACCUGUGCAUCGGCUGGGGGGCCCCUGUCCUGUUCCUCAUCCCCUGGGUGGUUGUGAAAUUUUUAUAUGAAAACAUUCAGUGCUGGAGCACCAACAACAACAUGGGCUUCUGGUGGAUCCCCCGCUUCCCUGUGUUCCUGGCCAUCCUGAUCAACUUCUUCAUUUUCAUCCGCAUCAUCCAGAUCCUGGUCUCCAAGCUCCGUGCCCACCAGAUGCGCUACACAGAUUACAAAUUCCGGCUGGCGAAGUCCACGCUGACGCUGAUCCCGCUGCUGGGCAUCCACGAGGUGGUGUUUGCCUUCGUCACGGAUGAGCACGCCCAGGGUACCCUGCGCUACGUCAAGCUCUUCUUCGACCUCUUCCUGAGCUCCUUCCAGGGGAUGCUGGUGGCCAUUCUGUACUGCUUUGUCAACAAGGAGGUGCAGUCGGAGCUGCUGAAGAAGUGGCAGCGCUGGAAGCUGGGCAAGGACCUGGAGGAGGAGUACAAGCCCACGUACAGCCAGACCCCCAAUGCCCGCAACGGGGGCAGCAGUACUUGUGAGAAGCACAGGCUGGUGGGCAGCUGCAUCACUGGGCUGGGGCGGAGUCAGCCCACGGCGCACACCAGCACCCACUACCUCGAGAAGACGGGCUGCAGCACCAGCGAGAGGCACCAGUGCUACGAGUUCCCCGAAACAGCCGCCAGCAACUUCUGAGCCCACCCCCCGCCACACAGCCAGGGCGCCAGGCCCACGCCCGUCACGGGCAGGCUCUGCUGGGCAGGGAGAGGGAGCCCAGGGCUCAGGCAGCGGGCUUGCAAGAGGCAGUGCCUUUCAGCCCUUCCUGGGGCUGUCCGGGGAGCGGGGUGUACACCAGGGUGUCAGGGCCUGACGACAGGCAUGCUGAGACUGGAGCGUGUCCUGCUGCCCCUCUCCAUCCUUUGGCGGCACGUGCCAGGUGGGCACGUGAUGGUGUCUGUGCACAAGGCCUGCACCCCAGCACAAGUCCACAUGGAGGGCAUAGCACCCUGUGCCAGCCUGGCAGGGUGUAGGGAGCCUGGGAACAGUGCCCGCUGGAGCAUGGGGGCAGGGUGUCUGCCUGCUGGGCCGUGUGUACAGCUGCUUCCUGCGCUUGCUCCUGCUGCCCGAGGUUAAUUUAUCUCUGCAGUAGCUAUGUAAAUAGGCAUGGGGUCCACGGGGCGGCGGGGCGGGCUCUGUCUGCGUCUGUCUGUGCGUGGCGCGGCACAUCACUCCGGAGGACGUGGGCACCAAUAAACCCUGGGGUGUGUCUCAUGGCA